CUCGAAAUGCGUACGCCUUUGCGCGUACGUCUGACCUUCUGCCAACAAAAAAGAGACUAAACUAAUCCUGCCUUUUCUUUUGCAGCCGAAGCUGCCCCAGCUCUGGCCAUGGGGCAGAUGGCUUCUUAUCGCCCGGCGCUCUGUUGCGAGCCACGGGACCGGCUCCCGACAGAGGGCGUGGAGGGUCAUCAUGCGGUGCAGCUGGCCGCAACGCCUUUGUUCAAGGCUUUGGGUUUCACUGCCUACCAUACCUCCAUCAUCGUCGGCGAGCGGGAGCUCUUUUUCGAUGGAGCUGGGAUAGUGGAGGCCGAUGCCUUCUGGAGCCACGACUGGUGCCAGAGUGCCAUCCGGACCACACGGCCGAACAGGCACAAGCAGAUUGAGGUGGUGGAUUUGGGCAAAAGCGAGUUGGAUGCAGCACAUGCCGCAAGCAUUUUGGAUCCUUGGUUUGAGGAAGGCACCUACGACGUUUUAAGGAAAAACUGCAACAGCUUCACUGAUGCCGCAAGUUGGCUUCUUACCAAGCAACGUUUAAACCCCAAGUUCAAUCGCAUGGAGCGCUGGGUUUUAGCCUUGGAGCCCAUGUCGCUGGAGCUCAUCAAGAGGCUCAUUAGCUUGUUGCACCAGAAUGAAGAGCCUCAGCAGGCCCCGGGCUAUGAGCCGAAUCCUCGGGCACAAGAUUUCAACGUCGAGCACGUGGUUUCGCGGCUAGGCCAUGCCCAGAGGCACUAUUAUUGCUGCAAUCGGAAUUCGCCGCGGCGAAAGAGGCUAUGUCAUUCCGGCGAAGAGAUGUCGCCCUGCUCCUGGGAGCGAAAGGACACAGCCAUCGAAAAGGCCUGGGAGCCAUCAGUGGAAGACUAUCCCUGCAGAGCUUGGAACCCCUUCGACAACCGCAAGGAGAAUCUCACGGCGGGGGACGACGAGCCCCGGGUGCCCACGGUGAUCAUUGAGCGGCUCCACUUCCCAGGACCUCUACCUGCGCGUGCCAAUGGCCGAGUGCAGGCUUUUGUGGAAGAAGAUGUGGUUUGGAGCUCGAACUGAGGUCGGCUGCACGGCGAGUCCGUCGCCGAGGUCGUCCGGUCGUUUCACCCGUGAAGCUGUGCAGCUGGCGGCUUCGAUCCGGGCGGAGGGGUAUGGCGUUGGGUCAUGAGGCGUUGGGUGGGCGCUGUGUUCGAAGAAUGCAAAAAGGAC